AUACUGGUCAAUCCAACAGGCAAACCGGGGAACUUUCAUGGGGUUGACUGGUGCGUUGAAUUGUAUAAUCUAUUCAUCAAGUUUAAAAAUGGUGGUGUGGGAUCUAACAAAAUGGUUGAGCGAAUAAUUUUAGAGCCACCACUGGUUCAAGUCUAUCACAACACUCACCUUACUGUAGAAAAGAAUUUGCUUCAGAGUCAUCUUACCAGUAAACAUGCAGACACAGAUAUGAGGAAAAUAUUUGCAAUCCUGUUGAAGGAUAUGGAAAUCAACUUGGCACAUAAUAUAAAGCUUGGACACAAAACACGAUAUGUUAUUCCCAACCUACUAGACAAAGGCAUAGCAGCAUAUACAUUGUAUACUUAG